AGAUGAAGUUACAAGACGGUCUGAUCUUGGUGGCUAUUUUCUACCUUGCUUAUACGCAGCUGGUCAGGGGGCAACUUCAUCCUCUGGAUGGUUGCCCAACUAAAUGUGGCAAUGUCACAAUCGAGUACCCGUUUGGCACUUCUCCAGGUUGUUACUAUGCCGAAGAUCGUAGUUUCAAUCUCACCUGUAACCAGACAGAUCAUAAGCUACUCUUUGGCAACAUUCCAGUCAUCAACAUUUCUCACAGCGGCGAGCUACGUGUUCGGGUUGCCCCUUCCUACUCUUGCUACAAUAGCCGAGGAAGUUUGAGUAAUGGGAUAUACAAUACUAUUUCGCUGGCUAACUUAACUCUCUCAACCAAAAACAGGUUUACUGUAGUAGGCUGCGACAGUUAUGCAUUUCUGAGCACUUAUGGAGUUGCAAAUUACUCAUCUGGAUGCAUGUCAAUCUGUUCUUCUACUCCGGAGGCAAAUGGAGAAUGUUCUGGUAAAGGUUGCUGCCAGAAUUCUGUCCCUAGGGGGAGUAACUCCUUCAAAGUCCAGCCUUAUAGCUUUAACAACCACACUUCUGUGCAUAGCUUUAAUCCUUGCAGCUAUGCCUUUCUUGUCGAAAAUGGUACAUUUAACUUCGAUGUGUUGGAGGACCUUAAGAGUCUGCGAAAUGUCACCGACUUCCCUGUGGUAUUAGAUUGGUCCAUUGGAAAACAAACAUGCCAACAGGUUGGAAACACAAGCAUAUGCGGUGCGAACAGCACAUGUUUCGAUUCUACUCGUGGAGUCGGGUAUAACUGCGAAUGUUUUGAAGGUUUUGAGGGGAAUCCAUACCUUUCAUACGGCUGCCAUGAUAUUAAUGAGUGUACUAGUAGUAGACAUAAUUGUUUGGAUCCCAACACCUGUAGAAACUAUGCUGGAGGCUUCUAUUGUCAGUGUCCAUCUGGUUACCGCUUAGAUACCAACACUAUGAGCUGCAAGCGUAAGGACAUUGGCUGGACUAUAAUUCUUCUUGGAACCAUCAUCGGCUUCUUGGUAAUCCUGCUUGGUGUCAGCUUUAUAAGACAGAAAAUGAAGCACCGGAAAAAUACUGAGCUACGACAAAAAUUCUUCGAGCAAAAUGGUGGUGGCAUGUUAAUACAGCGACUCUCAGGAUCAGAUUCAGGGUCAUCAAAUGUUGAUGUUAAAAUAUUUACUGAGAUAGGCAUGAAGAAUGCAACUAAUGGUUAUGAUGAAAGUAGAAUCUUGGGCCAGGGAGGCCAGGGAACAGUCUACAAAGGGAUAUUACCAGAUAACUCAAUAGUUGCUAUAAAGAAAGCUCGGCUUGGAGACAGUAGCCAAGUAGAGCAGUUUAUCAAUGAAGUGCUUGUGCUUUCACAAAUUAACCACAGGAACGUGGUCAAGCUUUUAGGAUGCUGUCUAGAGACUGAAAUUCCCUUAUUGGUCUAUGAGUUCAUUACCAGUGGUACUCUUUUCGACCACUUACACGGUUCUCUGUUUGAUUCUUCUCUAACAUGGGAACACCGUCUGAGAAUAGCUGUAGAAGUCGCGGGAACUCUCUCAUAUCUUCACUCCUCUGCUUCUAUUCCAAUCAUUCACCGAGAUGUCAAGACUGCUAAUAUUCUCCUAGAUGAAAACUUGACUGCGAAAGUAGCAGACUUUGGUGCUUCAAGGCUGAUACCAAUGGAUAAAGAGCAGCUCACAACUAUGGUGCAAGGCACUCUAGGUUACUUAGACCCAGAAUACUACAACACAGGACUCCUGAAUGAGAAAAGCGAUGUUUAUAGCUUUGGGGUAGUCCUCAUGGAACUGAUCUCAGGUCAAAAGGCAUUGUGCUUCGAAAGACCACAGAACUCAAAACAUCUGGUGAGUUACUUUGCAACUGCCACAAAAGAGAAUAGGUUGCAUGAGAUUAUUGGUGGGCAAGUGAUGAAUGAGGAUAAUAAGAGGGAGAUCUAUGAAGCUUCAAGAGUGGCUAUUGAAUGUACAAGAUUGACGGGAGAGGAAAGACCCCGGAUGAAAGAGGUAGCUGCAGAGCUAGAGGCUUUGAGAGUCAAAACAACUAAACAUAAGAGGUCAGAUCAGUAUCCUGAGACAGAGGAGAUUGAAAACUUGCUCGGCGUUCAAAUCUUAUCAACACAAGGCAAUACAAGUGGCACUGGUUAUGACAGCAUCAAUAAUGUACCAAUAUUGGACAUUGAAGCUGGCCGCUGAUGUUAAUGCUCUGACACCAUCACCAAUCUCAUU